GUUUUGAAGAAGAAGCCCAGCGUUCUCCAGGAUUUUUAUGCGUUCGAUUUCUACAUCUUUUACGUGUGAUCUCUGUGGCUUUAAGAUCCCAUAAGUUGAGUGGGCUCCCCCGUUAUCUAAGAAAAGUUGUUUAAAUGCUUUGCUCUGCAAGCACCAGCAGAGAACUCAUAAAAACGGAAGACAGUAGCAGAUGCAAUCGCGGAUGUGGCUUUAGUCUUUGCAGCUGCCCCAGAGAGCUGUUCAGAGCAGACAGUCCUCAGCAAUGAAUCCAGAAGAGCGAAUCGUGACAUGGCUUAUAUCCUUGGGGGUUUUAGAUUCCCCCAAAAAGACCAUCUGUGAUCCGGAGGAGUUCUUGAAGUCUUCGCUGAAAAAUGGGGUAGUGCUGUGCAAACUGAUCAACAGACUUAGGCCUGGCUCUCUAGAAAAGUUCUGUUUGGAGCCGCAAACCGAAGCUGACUGCCUCAACAACAUCAGUGACUUCCUGAAAGGAUGUGCAACCCUUCAGGUGGAGGUGUUUGAUCCUGAUGACCUUUAUGCAGGGGUCAAUUUCUCCAAGGUUCUGAGCACGCUUUUAGCUGUCAACAAAGCAACAGAAGAUCAGCUAUCAGAAAGACCAUGUGGACGUUCCUCUUCUCUUAGUGCUAAUAGUUCUCAGACAAGCCCACAGGGAGCAGUUGUUAGCACAGCUCCAGGGCUGCAGAGGCAGUCAAAGGCAGUGGAGAUGAUGGAAAAUGGAGGCCACCAGUUGAUAGUAAAGGCAAGAUUCAACUUUAAGCAGACUAAUGAAGAUGAACUGUCAGUUUGUAAAGGGGACAUCAUUUAUGUCACCAGAGUUGAAGAAGGAGGCUGGUGGGAAGGCACAUUGAAUGGCAGAACAGGCUGGUUCCCUAGUAAUUAUGUCCGAGAAAUUAAGUCCAGUGAGAGACCCCUCUCCCCCAAGGCUGGCAAAGGAUUCGAAACUACUCCACUUACCAAGAACUAUUAUACUGUGGUGUUACAGAACAUUUUGGACACGGAAAAGGAUUAUGCUAAAGAACUUCAGUCUCUACUUGUCACUUACUUAAGACCCCUGCAGGCCAAUAACAAUCUGAGUACUGUGGAGUUUACAUCUUUAUUGGGGAACUUUGAAGAAGUGUGCUCAUUUCAACAGACGCUCUGCCAAGCCUUGGAAGAAUGUUCAAAGUUUCCAGAAAACCAACACAAAGUAGGAGGCUGUCUACUGAACCUCAUGCCUCAUUUUAAAUCUAUGUAUCUGGCUUACUGCGCAAACCACCCUUCAGCUGUCAAUGUACUCACACAGCACAGCGAUGAUCUGGAACAAUUUAUGGAAAGUCAAGGUGCGUCCAGCCCAGGUAUCCUCAUUUUAACAACCAGCCUCAGCAAACCGUUCAUGCGACUGGAAAAGUAUGUUACUCUCUUGCAAGAGCUGGAACGCCAUAUGGAGGAUACGCAUCCAGACCAUCAGGAUAUUCUGAAAGCAAUCGUAGCAUUCAAAACUCUCAUGGGGCAGUGCCAAGAUCUAAGGAAGAGAAAACAGCUGGAGUUGCAGAUACUUUCUGAACCUAUUCAGGCGUGGGAAGGAGAGAGUAUUAAAACCUUGGGGAAUGUUCUGUUUAUGUCACAAGUAAUGGUGCAGUAUGGAACAUGUGAGGAAAAAGAGGAGCGGUACCUCAUGUUGUUUUCAAGUGUCUUGAUAAUGUUAUCCGCAAGUCCUCGGAUGAGUGGCUUUAUCUAUCAGGGAAAAAUACCAGUCGCGGGAAUCGUGGUGACCAGAUUAGACGAAAUCGAAGGAAAUGACUACACAUUUGAAAUCACAGGCAACCUAGUAGAGAGGACUGUGGUCCAUUGCAACAACAGCCAGGACUUCCAGGAAUGGCUGGAGCAGCUGUGCAGACUGAUCAGGGGACCUGCCUCUUGCAGCUCAUUAUCCAAAACAUCGUCGUCCUCUUCUGGUGCCCAUUCCUCUUUUAGCUCUACCGGACAGCCCCGAGGACCCUUGGAGCCUCCUCAAAUUAUAAAACCGUGGAGUUUAAGUUGUCUACGACCCGCACCUCCACUUAGACCAUCAGCAGCACUAGGUUAUAAAGAGAGGAUGUCUUAUAUCUUAAAGGAGUCUAGUAAAAGCCCCAAAACGAUGAAGAAGUUUCUUCAUAAAAGAAAGACGGAAAGAAAGCCAUCGGAGGAGGAGUAUGUGAUUCGGAAAAGUACGGCUGCUCUGGAAGAAGAUGCUCAGAUCCUGAAAGUGAUCGAAGCCUACUGCACCAGCGCAAACUUUCAACAAGGCCAUGGCUCAAGUGCUCGCAAAGAUUCGCUUCCACAGGUCUUACUCCCCGAGGAAGAGAAGCUCAUCAUUGAAGAAACCAGGAGCAACGGCCAGACCAUCAUUGAAGAGAAGAGUCUUGUCGAUACUGUUUAUGCCUUGAAGGAUGAGGUCAAAGAACUGAAACAGGAAAAUAAAAGAAUGAAGCAAUGCCUGGAAGAAGAAUUGAAAUCAAGGAGGGACCUAGAAAAGCUGGUCCGGAGGCUGUUGAAGCAAACUGAUGAGUGUAUUCGGGCCGAGUCCAGUAGCAAGAUCUCCAUCCUUCCAUAACCAUCACUGUGCAGCUGGGCAGAUGUUGCCUUCGGGACAUCUUGAAAUGUCCAGCUUCAAACGCUCUGCUCACUUCUUCGGUUUUCAUUUUGUAUCGGAGUCAGUCUCUCUCUCUCUCUCUCUCUCUCUCUCUCUCUCUCUCUCCUUCGCUUUCUCUCUCUGUCUCCCUGUUUGCUUGAGUGUUGGUUGGUUGGUUAUUGGUUGGUUGUUUUCCUUCUGACAGAUCCUUCGGACAGGUGGUAGAAAUCUCCCCAGAGUCUUUUCCAUCCGAUGAGAAAAGGGAAACCUAGUGUAGGCAAGUGACUUAAAUGGUCUUCAGAUGGCCUUCAAUUCAUAGUGCCUCUUUACCAGCCAUUACCCCUGGGUCACUCUUUUGCGGCUGGCUACCAGAGCAAAGUGGCUGGCCGUGGCUUAGUAAAUGUGAACUUGACUUUUUCUCGAACGCUUUCUUGUAUCUGGAAGCCCCUCAGUACCCAAUUUAAUGAAGGCGAAGCUCCCCGAGCUGUGACUAGGGUAGGGUGAGUAGAAGACUAGCACAUUUGCCCAAUGACCCAGCCACCCUUCCCCGGGUGAUCAUGUGCCACCCCUCAAUGCACACUUUUUAUUAUUAUUAUUAUUAUUAUUGUUACCGCCCUGUGUUGUCUGUAGGGCCAAGAAGACAGUAGCACCCUUAUUUCUUUUGUGCGGGUUGACAUUUUCACUCUACGGGGCAGAAGCCCCACGCAUCCAUGCCAACACCAGACCCAUUAGCAAAUUGCACUAGACAAUCUUCCCCGUCAGCAGCAGAGCUGGCCAUCUUUCCCCAGCGCAUGACAGGUUUCCUCCCCUAACCUUCUGCCUCCCGCGUAAGGUUUAUGUCUCCCCAGUGCUUUAAGCCAACCAUACCAAGUGGUGCAUAAACUAGUAAGUGUGCGCUUUGCUUACUUUUAAAAAAUACGGACUGUGAGCCGCUCCUUCAUCCACACUGCGUAUUCGCCUCGCGACUUCUCAUCCUUCAAAACGAUCUGCAUUGAGGAGAUAUUGUGCCCUAGUAGACGGCUUUAAUUCCCCGUAUUGCUCUCCCAGAUACGCUGUGAGAAGCUGUAUGUUCAUCAGCCUCUUCGAGUAGGGCUCGAAGCAUCAUUUGCAGAGAUGUGCUAUUGGUCCGGUUUGUAUAUCCGGAAAGAAAGGACCCCUCCAGUGGUCGUGCGCUGGUUACUAGUGAAGCUGAGUAUUUGGAACCGGUUUGCCAAAGUUGCCCUUCGAAUCAAGUGAUCGCCUCUGUAAGUGUCUCAAAAUGAGCACCACUUAAACCCGGUUCAGAAGAGGGUCACAGAAGAGCAGCAUCCAUCCGAAUUCGACACAAUCGAACGUUGGCACGAGGCUCCGGGACAGAGCAGCACAACCCGCCCCUCUCUCUCCCAAAGACAGGUGCCCUUGGGCAGGCAGGGACGAUCACUGGAAAGAGAGGCAAAGGGCCAAUGGACCGGUCAAGGUUGUCUUCCAGAUACGUUUGACGGGUGCCUAUAAAUGUGGGUUUUGCAAGUGUUGUCUAGAAACCAAACUUGAAGCUUGAACACCCCCAGCCUGCUAAGCCCGUUUUCCUUUUUUGGUACCGGGGGUCUCAAGUUCCCACAGCUACACAGUACGGGGCUGUUGACUGCUUGCCGCCCGGCAGAAAUGACACCAUCCACGGGAAACGGACUAUUCCCGCCGCCCACCAUCAGCCAACCCCAGGCGGCCGUCUUUGGAAGCUGUGUGGAAGCCCAGCAGUCUAGAUGUGCCGUCCUUCACCUGAAACUUAACAACAGCCACACAGAUCUUAGCGUCCGCCCUGUCUGGGGUUAACCAAUGGCUUGCAGUGAAUGGCACAAACUAUACCCCUAGGGAACAUUGUUGCGAUUGCGAAAUCCUUUAGUCGAUAAGGUGUAGGAUUGCUUAGCAUAGCGAAAGGUCUUUAUUUUAAAGUGACGUGUACCUAUGCAUGUGUCUGGAACCCGGCCCUUCUCAGGAAAGGCCCUCGGUACGCUGGGUACUGAAGCUUGCGCCGAGUGAUGUCCGCACUCGCACGUUAAACAAUAAUAUAAAGGAAACGAAGCCAUGUUAGCCCGAGAGCAGUGUCUCCGUAGUUGUGUCGUUGACAAUACUCUAUAAGUGGGUUCCUGUCACCCUGUAAUUAAACCGCUGCCCUUAGAGGCUUUGUAGCUCCUCUUCCGUCGCGUCCCUUCUGACACAAGCUCAGAUUUUCUAACUUGUUUUUAUUUUGAAGACUUUUCCAACGGACAUUUUCAAUAAACAAGAAUAACAGUGCUUUAUAAACUAA